AUGGCCUUCACGAGACUGCGAAGCGUAUACAAGAGACGGAAGGCAGGCGCUUCUCCCGAACAGCAACACCCUCCACGGCCGCGGACGGCACCUGCCACCACCGCCAACGCAUCGACCUCGACGCCGUCGCUACUGCCGCCGCCGCUUCCUCCGCACCACCUCGUCGACACCGCCGCGGCCCACUCGUCGCUCGCGCCCGUCGCCAGGCACGCGCCGCCGCGCCACUUCGCCUCUGCGUUGGCGCUGGCGACAUCGGAUGGCAUCCACGAAGUAGGAGGAGACUCGUACUCGUCUUCUCUCUCUUCGUCUUUCGGUGGUGGUGGCGGUGGCGGUGGCAGUUGGGACAGGGAAGAGCUCAUCCGGCACAUGCGCGACCAGCUCAGCACGGCGAACUCGGUCAUCCGGUUCCUGCAUGAGCACGUCGACGGGAUGCGCGAGGAUCGGGACCGAUACCGCGACCGCGCCGAGGAGCUGAAGAGCUUGGCGAGGCUGACGCUGGACAUGCUCGAGGGGGCGCACCAGAGGGAGUGGGAUCUGUCUCGUGAUGUGAGGAGGGUGAGGGAGUCGGCUGUUGUGGUGGAGGUGGAAGGGAUGGGGAGAGGGGGGGAGGAGGAGGAGGAGGAGGAGCAGCAGCAGCAGCCGCAGCAGCCGCAGCAGAAGACGACGGCGAGGCGGAGGAGGGAUUCGUUGAUGCGGAAGAUUGGGUUGGGCGGCAAGAAGGACGGGAAGGAGAAGGACAAGGAGAGGCCGGAGGUGAGGACGAAGCAUGAUUCGGCGCAGCCGCAGCAGCAGAUGCUCGCUUUCCAUGCGCACCCGACGCCGCCCUUGCCGCCCGACGACGAGCAGCUCGUCCAGCCCGUCGGUGUCGAUCGUGGUACUGGCGCCGGCGUGGGGAGCAGCGGCAACGCUCGUCGCAAGAGGGGCCACGUCAAGAGCCAUUCUUCGAGCCAUGCGCGCCUGCGCGAAGACGGCAUGCUGGCCAUCCCGGGAGAUGAGCUGGAGCGGCUCGUGCAGGCCAUGGAUCGCAACGUCGAUGCGCUGAGGGAGGAUAUCAAGAAACUGGUGGACGAAGUCAACGCGCACAAGCACAACCCGCCGUAUACCAGCUUAUCGGACAUUCCUCCUCGAUUCGGCUGA